CAGGAGAGCACUGGGUUGAAACUGGUAAACCAGCCUGAAACACAACAAUGCAUUCUUCCAUUAUACUUCUGGUUAUCUUGUUUGGCUUGCUGACCCAGGCGAACACACUACCUGUUAAAAAUUCGACUGGUGUGCACGAGGGGAAAGUGAGGUUGAAAAGGAAAUUCUCUGAUGAAAAUAUAGAGCAUGAUGAAAUGACCACAAUGGAUCAAAUCCUGGAGGUCAAUCGCAAGAUACGAGCCCCAAGAGGAAUGUCAAUCAGGGAUGGCGAUAUUGCUGUUUCACAUGUAAGGAGUGCCAUAACCUGCCCCGGCAACACCUGUCUGUGGCCUAAAUCUGUAGAUGGAUUUGUCUAUGUACCCUACAUCCUCUCUCCACUGUAUGACGACAUGGACAGAAUCACCAUAGAAACUGGAAUGCAAGACAUUUCCGCUGGAACAUGCGUUAAAUUUGUUCCCCGCACUCACGAAGGCAACUUCCUUGACAUUCAGCCUAGAUAUGGCUGCUGGUCAUUUCUGGGGCAGACUGGGGGAAGCCAGACCCUGUCACUGCAGACUCCUGGGUGCAUGUGGUCGGGAAUCGCUGCUCAUGAAUUCAUGCAUGCUCUCGGCUUCGUACACGAGCAAUCCCGAUCAGACCGUGACAACUAUGUCACAAUUAUAUGGAAAAACAUCAUGCCAGAGCACGUACAUAACUUCAGGAAACAGGUGACAAACAAUCUCAACAGCCCAUAUGACUACAACUCUGUCAUGCAUUAUGGACGAUAUGCCUUCUCUGAAGAUGGCGGACCAACAAUAAUCCCCAAACCAGAUCCCUAUAUCCCCAUCGGCCAGCGAGACGGUCCUAGCGCAAUGGAUCUUCACAAAAUAAAUAUCCUCUAUAACUGCGCUACCGAUGACUAACUGGAUCCAGACAACUCUGCUGUAAUGUCCUGCCAGAUGUCACAAAUAGUUUAUUACAACUUCUCAGCUUGAGAUGAUAAUCUGGGCGACAGUGGUUUAACCUGAUUCUAUAGCAAUGUAUAUUUUAUUUUCACUGUCUAGUCUGCACUUUGAGCUUUUGUUGAUUCAAGACCUUCUGCUGUGGGGUGUUAUAAAUGACCAGAUAACAACUAAAGGCUGCAUUUCUCUAGUAUAAUUAAAGUGCCAAAAACAAAACUCACCAGUUUUAAGUGCCCGCUGAUGCCAGUCACAUCAUUGUAUCCGAUCUCUGAACAAGUUUGUUCUAUUUUCUGGCUCUUGUCUAUCUUCUGCUUACUUUAAAUUAAAAAAAUACAA